AUGUAUAGAAAUUUCCUCCUUGCAGUGCUGGCACUGCUGACUACAUCUGCUCAUGCUCAUACCGUCUUCACCACUCUCUACGUCGAUGGAGAGAACCAAGGCGACGGAGUUUGUGUCCGCAUGAACCGCAACCCAAGCAAAGUGAGCUUUCCCAUUGAGCCUCUCUCCAGCAAGGACAUCGCCUGUGGAUACGAUGGCGAAAAAGGCGUCGCGCGCGUCUGCCCCGCCAAGGCCUCCUCAACUCUCACCUUCGAAUUCCGCGAAUACGCCGACGGCUCGCGCCCGGGUUCCAUCGACAUUAGCCACAAGGGCCCCUGCGCCGUGUACAUGAAGAAAGUGGACGACGCGACGGCCGACAACAACGCCGCCGGCGACGGGUGGUUCAAGAUCUGGCAGGCGGAUUACGACGCGACUGCCGGCAAGUGGUGCACCGAGCAGAUGAUCGAGAACAACGGGCAUAUCUCCGUGCAGAUUCCCUCAGAUAUCGAGGGAGGUUACUACCUUGUGCGGCCGGAGUUGCUGGCCCUGCAUGCCGCGCAGGAUAGCCCGCCCGAUCCGCAGUUCUAUGUCGGCUGUGCGCAGGUGUUUGUGCAGUCGACUGGGACGGCUAAGCCGGCCACGGUGAACAUUGGCGAGGGGACGUAUGAUCUCAGUCUGCCGGGUAUGACGUACAAUAUCUACAAGAAGCCGUUGGAGCUGCCGUACCCUAUGUAUGGGCCGCCGGUGUAUGAGGCGGGUAAGACUGCGUCUGCGAGUACCGCGUCUGCCAAUGCUGGGUCUACCAAUGCUGCGUCUGGCAAUUCUGCAUCUGCCAAUGCUKCGUCCGGCAGUACUGCGUCUGGAAAUUCUGCAUCUGCCAAUGCUGCGUCCGGCAGUACUGCGUCCGGAAAUUCUGCAUCUGCCAAUACUGGAUCCGACAAGUCUGCCAAUGCUGCAUCUUCCAAUACUGCCUCUACCAACACUGAAUCCGGGAAACCGGAAUCAGUCCCCGCCAACGUCUGCAAGAACAAGACCAAGAGGAAUACCAAGAACAAGAACAAGAACAAGAAGAAGAAGAAGCGCGCGAUGCUCGUCCAGAACAAAGGCCUCAAGCCAGAAGGCUGUAUCCUCGUCCGAGACAACUGGUGUGGAUUCGAGGUGCCCUCGUAUACAGACGAGCAGGGUUGCUGGGCUUCAUCCAAAAACUGCUGGGACCAAGCCGAUGUAUGCUGGAACACAGCGCUUCCAACUGGCUCAGCACACUGCCAGAUCUGGUCCGACAAAUGCACUGCUCUCGACGCAUCGUGCAGCAACAAGGUGUUCCCUGGCCCGCCGAAUGCCGGCCAGGACCUCACACCGAAGCCCGCUUCGUUGGUGGGAUCCAUCAAGGUAUUCCAGCGGGGUGUUCGGUCGCAUAUUAAGAGAAAGAGACAUGCUCACGCUUAG